AUGGUCACCAAAGGGAUGUUUCAGCGGAGACGGCACGCUUGUUACUGCUCAAACGCGGAGCAAAGUGUGUUACAAAACCGUUUAUGUCGACUGCAACUCGGGAAAGGCGUUACCAAUGGGCAAAGGAGCACUUUCACUGGAGGAAGGAGGACUGGAUGCGGAUCAUCUACACCGACGAAUCGAAAUUCCAGCGUUCUGGGCCAGGACAUGUUGCAAAGGUAUAUGUGUGGCCUGAGAUCCUCCUAGGGAGAAUGAAUUCAUUCCUCGGAUGCAUUCUGGUGGUGGGAGUAUCUUCGUGUUUGGUGGAAUGUGCUGGUGGGGAGCCACAAAACUCGCUCGUUCGCAGGUCCCAACGGUCGACAAGUUCGUGAUGCGUGACUUCGUUGAAGACUUUCUACUUCCCAAGCUUCAGGAGCUCAGAGAAGCCGACAUCAAUCUCACAAUCCAACAUGACAACGACGCCAAGUUUCACGCGCCCGACUGCAAAGAAUCCUAUGAAAGGGAGGGAUACAGAGUCCUGCCCUGGCCGGCAUACUCGCCUGAUAUGAAUCCCGUUGAGGACUUGUGGCGCCUGAUCUCCAAACGCCUGGAAAAGCGAGCUGCGGUUGCAAAAGACCUUGAUGAACUAUGGGAGUGGACGUUGGAGGAAUGGGGGGGGUUCAUACAAGGCAUUGAGGUUUACUUGCGAAGGUGAGGAGGGGGUGGUUGGAUGGAGCCAGUGGGGCACUCAAGGAAGGAACCCCGCGGAUACAGUAGUUAGGGAGU